UUUUUUUUUUUUUUUUUUUUUUGUGGAGGGAGGGAAUUUUGUUGCAGUUUGAUGGUGGAAAAAUGCAAAAGCCACAGCCAGGUGCAUAAUCUUGUGGAUAUCACUGGAGCAGACUGAGUACCAGUUAAAGUACUUUUUUGGGGGGACACACAUGUGAGAUACUAAGUCCUUGCGGAAGAUUUUUGUUUCUCUUUUUAAAGUCACUUUUCCUUGGAAUAUUGUGAGCAUAUUUGUGGCCAUUUAAGGUUUGUGUGAUUUUGCUAAAAUGCAUCACCAACAGCGAAUGGCUGCCUUAGGGACGGACAAAGAGCUGAGUGAUUUACUGGAUUUCAGUGCGAUGUUUUCACCUCCUGUGAGCAGUGGGAAAAAUGGACCAACUUCUUUGGCGAGUGGACAUUUUACUGGCUCAAAUGUAGAAGACAGAAGUAGCUCAGGGUCCUGGGGGAAUGGAGGACAUCCAAGCCCGUCCAGGAACUAUGGAGAUGGGACUCCCUAUGACCACAUGACCAGCAGGGACCUUGGGUCACAUGACAAUCUCUCUCCACCUUUUGUCAAUUCCAGAAUACAAAGUAAAACAGAAAGGGGCUCAUAUUCAUCUUAUGGGAGAGAAUCAAACUUACAGGGUUGCCACCAGCAGAGUCUCCUUGGAGGUGACAUGGAUAUGGGCAAUCCAGGAACCCUUUCGCCCACCAAACCUGGUUCCCAGUAUUAUCAGUAUUCUAGCAAUAACCCCCGAAGGAGGCCUCUUCACAGUAGUGCCAUGGAGGUACAGACAAAGAAAGUUCGAAAAGUUCCUCCAGGUUUGCCAUCUUCAGUUUAUGCUCCAUCAGCAAGCACUGCCGACUACAAUAGGGACUCGCCAGGCUACCCUUCCUCAAAACCAGCAGCCAGCACUUUCCCUAGCUCCUUCUUCAUGCAAGAUGGCCAUCACAGCAGUGACCCUUGGAGCUCCUCCAGUGGGAUGAAUCAGCCUGGCUACGGAGGGAUGCUGGGCAAUUCUUCUCAUAUUCCACAGUCUAGCAGCUACUGUAGCCUGCAUCCACACGAACGUUUGAGCUACCCAUCACACUCCUCAGCAGACAUCAAUUCCAGUCUUCCUCCAAUGUCCACUUUCCAUCGUAGUGGUACCAACCAUUACAGCACCUCUUCCUGUACGCCUCCUGCCAACGGGACAGACAGUAUAAUGGCAAACAGAGGAAGUGGAGCAGCAGGCAGCUCCCAGACUGGAGAUGCUCUGGGGAAAGCACUUGCUUCGAUCUAUUCUCCAGAUCACACUAACAACAGCUUCUCAUCAAACCCUUCAACUCCUGUUGGCUCUCCGCCUUCUCUCUCAGCAGGCACAGCUGUUUGGUCCAGAAAUGGAGGGCAGGCCUCAUCAUCUCCUAACUAUGAAGGACCCUUGCACUCCUUGCAAAGCCGGAUUGAAGAUCGUUUAGAAAGACUGGAUGAUGCUAUUCAUGUUCUCCGAAAUCAUGCAGUGGGCCCCUCCACCGCUAUGCCUGGCAGCCACGGGGACAUGCAUGGGAUCAUUGGACCUUCUCAUAACGGAGCAAUGGGCGGUCUGGGCUCAGGGUAUGGAACCGGUCUUCUUUCAGCCAACAGACAUUCACUCAUGGUCGGGGCCCAUCGUGAAGACGGAGUGGCCCUGAGAGGCAGCCAUUCUCUUGUGCCAAACCAGGUUCCAGUCCCACAGCUUCCUGUCCAGUCGGCCACCUCCCCUGAUUUGAACCCGCCCCAGGACCCGUACAGAGGUAGGUGCACUGGGGCACUUCUGUCCUCACACAGCGGCAGAGCUAGCACUGAUCCCCAGCUUACUUGGCAUUCGUCCCUCAGGAAGCACUGGCAGAAAACCAAGAAUCAAAUUUGGCCCAAAAAUGGCAUGCCCCCCGGCCUGCAGGGCCAGAGUGUCUCCUCCGGCAGCUCUGAGAUCAAAUCCGAUGACGAGGGCGACGAGAACCUGCAGGACACGAAAUCUUCCGAGGACAAGAAAUUAGAUGACGACAAGAAGGAUAUCAAAUCAAUUACUAGGUCAAGAUCUAGCAAUAAUGACGACGAGGACCUGACCCCGGAGCAGAAGGCGGAGCGGGAGAAGGAGCGGAGGAUGGCCAACAACGCCCGCGAGCGCCUGCGCGUCCGCGACAUCAAUGAGGCUUUCAAGGAGCUGGGCCGCAUGGUGCAGCUCCACCUCAAGAGUGACAAGCCGCAGACCAAGCUCCUGAUCCUGCACCAGGCCGUGGCCGUCAUCCUCAGCCUGGAGCAGCAGGUCCGAGAGAGGAAUCUGAAUCCGAAAGCUGCGUGUCUGAAAAGAAGGGAGGAAGAAAAGGUAUCCUCGGAGCCUCCCCCGCUGUCCUUGGCGGGCCCUCACCCUGGAAUGGGAGACGCUUCGAACCACAUGGGACAGAUGUGAAAGGGUCCAAGCUGCCACAUUGCUUCAUUAACACAAGAGACCACUUCCUUAACAGCUGUAUUAUCUUAAACCCACAUAAACACUUCUCCCUAACCCCUUUUUUGUAAUAUAAGACAAGUCUGAGUAGUUAUGAAUCGCAGACGCAAGAGGUUUCAGCAUUCCCAAUUAUCAAAAAACCGAAAAACAAACAAAAAAACAAAAAAAAGAAAGAAAGAAAGAAAAAAGUGCAACUUGAGGGAUGACUCUCUCUAACAUAUCAUUCAGAAUGUGCAAAGCGGUGUGAGCAGGCUGAGAUCAGCCCAGAGACUGAAUGGCAAUCCUUCCACACUGUGGAACAAUGCAUUUGUGCCUAAACUUCUUUUGGAAAAAAAAAAAAUAUAAUUAAUUUGUAAGUCUGAAAAAAAAAAAUAUUUAAUUUAAAAAAUUGUAAACUUGCAAUAAUGAAAAAGUGUACUUCUGAAGAAAACUACAUGAACGUUUUUGUUGGUAUUCGAGUCAGCUCGUGUUUCUAAUUCCUGGGUAGCGAAUGGGGGCAGCGCGGCUGCCCCCGUAACAAAACCAGCAAACGUCCUGAGACAGCGAAGUGAUGACAUUAGCCAUUCCUAGGGUAGGAGGAACAGAUGGAUCUUAUAGACCUAUGACAAAUAUAUAUAUAAAUAUAUAUAUAAAUAUAUAUUAAAAAUUUAGUGACUAUGGUAAGCUUUUGUUCAUUUGUUUCAGACUUUUUUCCUCCUGUAAAAAAAUAGUACUGAUUAACUUUUUUAAAAGAAAGAUUUUACUGUAAAUACGGAUUUUUUUUUUUUUUUUUUUUUUUUUUUUUGGAUUUUUUUUUUUUUUUUUUUUUUUGGUCUUAUUUCUGUCCCUUCCCGGUUUGUUAUCGUAAACCUGUAGUGCCAACUCUGCUUCCGGAGGGGUAGUGCAGGGUGAAACGCUGACCCUGAUGUUGCUUUUCAUUCACAAAAUAAGUAGAGCGUUGUUUCUCCAGUCUUUUGGGAACACAGGACUUAAAAGUCACAUCACGUGUAGAUACUACAAGCAGCAUUACUGAGACAUGGCAAGAGGAGUUUGUCUGAAUGGUAAUGCUGCGUGUGUGACCCUCUUCCGGGGUUUUCAGAGGUACAAGGUUAGAAUGCUACAAUGUUACCACUGUGCCUUCCAAUGUUUAUAUCAUCGGAAACAUAACAUAAUCAAAGUGGCUGUGAUUUAACAAAAAUGAUUAAAGUGUUACCUACAUGUGUAGCCGAAGUAGUGUGCAGUGAGGCGUUUCUGAAUACAUGGUCAGAUUUUUGGAAAAAAACAAAAACAAAAAAACAAAGUUUCAAAAACCAUCAAAUGAGAAAAUUGCAAGUAGUGUGACAGAGCUGAUUGAUUUUUGUUGCUUUCUUGAUUUUUUUUUUAAUUUCAAAAUGGGUUUACUAAGAUGUAGAUGAUAGAACUGCCUCCUCCAUCUGAAGGGAAAAAAAUGCCAAUAUUCAAUCAUCAUGCAGCAUUAUAACAAGCCUUAUAAGUCCUAAAGCAUUAAGUUGCACUUUCUUGAGGAGGGGUAGUGCAGUAUUUCUCUGGCCAGUAUGAAUGAAGUUUAUACCUAACAUAUUUGAUAGAAACAUAGAUCAAACUAUGGCACAGCAACUCAUCAGAUAGCUAGCUUUGACGUCUGGGCACAAUUGAACCAACUUCCAACGUGAAUCUUUAUAACGAUUGAGUUUGGUGUAAUAGUGCAGUAAACAAAUAGUGCUCCUAGUUAAGUAUUUGUCAGCAUCCUUUUGUCUCUAACUCGUUUCUAUUUUUACAGCCACACAAUCUUGGCAUGUAUUAAGAAAAAAAAAAAAUCCCUGUUCAAGUAGUUUUUUCCACCUAUCAGCACUGAGUAAAUGCCAUAAAUCCAUCAAAAUGGUCUAAAUGUUCCAUCUGUUCUCCUGUUUUGCCAGUUAUAUAGUAAUGAAAUACAUUUGUAAAUUUUAUGCAACAAACGACAAACGUAUCAUUAUUUUGAAAUUGUGUAUGUAAAAGUUAUAUUUUUACAUGUAGACUCUUGUUAUGUGUUUUAAUACAUUGUAUUGGUUUUUGUUUUCUGUUUUUGUUUUUUUAACUGUGUGGUUUAAAAGCGUCUCAUUUAAAUGAAACAAUGAGCUACAAGAAUCUGAAUUUUAUGUUCAUUUCUGAAAAUGUAAGAACAAAUAAGGUAGUUACCACGUGGUCAUCUUUUACAAACCCAUAAACAUUUUGAUUAGCUGGGUGUGUGUGUGUGUGUGAGUGUGUGUGAGUGUGUGUUGAAAACUGUAAAUAUGUUCAGUAGCGAUAAAACGAAAAUACUUUGAUUUUGUUGAUAAGUUCCUAAAAUGUGGAGGUGGAUUAAAACCUUAGGAGAAUAGCAGAGAUCAAAGUUCAUGAAAAGUUAUGUGGAGGCUUUCCUGCGAAAUGUAUGAACAAAGGGACUGCAAGAGGGCACGGAAGACAGUGCUGUGUCCGCUCCCCUCCUCUGAAAUAAUGGAAACCAUGUGUCUGUGUCCCCUCGGUAUGUAAAGAUUUCCUUUAGUGGUACAUUCUAUCACUUUGUAUAGUCUACCAAGGCGGGUAUCCCUAGGAACAAUGUAUAGGAAGCAGGUCUACUUGGAUCACAUUCAGGAUAUGUGUACAGAAGAAAAUACGGUGUUUACUCUUUCGGGAACUGGAAGCACUCCCGGUGUUGAUGUACAUUUUAAGAAUGGCACUGUUGAUAACACGUUGUCAUAGAGGUGCUUCAUAGAGCUGAUUUUUAAAGGCUUUCACACCUGUAAACAGAGCAAAAAAAAAAAAAACUAAAGUGUAGUUAUUUGAUUAUUUUUUAAAUGGGUGCUUUAUAUUUUGUUCUCACUCCCAACAGAGGAAAAAAAGCUGCAAUUUUAUCGUUCACCAGCUUUGAGGUAUUCAUUACUCAGUAAUGCAAUACCUCGCUUGUCAAAUUCCCUUUGGAAAGAAGUGAAAAACUUCCUCAUGGCCACCAAAAGCUGCUCCGCGCUUGUUGCUUGGUGGAGAAACAUCGGCACCUAUCCAUGUAAUUGGGUUGCGUCCCUAUUAGAAAAAAAAGAAAGAAAAUGAUGAAAGGGAAUGUGGCCUUCUUCUUAGUGUGUUCUUUUUUUUUUCUCUCGUUGUUUUGUAAAUGAUCAAACCCAGGUAAGAUAUUGGUAUCCUGUGCCGGAUUUUUCUAGUGAAAUUUAGCAGAAGACAGAAUUAAAGAACUACCCAGAAAUGCCAUAAGGGUCCAUAGGAUAUAUGUGAUGACACCUGGGCUGGGGAUCUGUUCAAGAGACUCGGACAUUAAAGCAACUUGGAACCGUUGAUCCACCUCCACAUUCAAGUAAUUUAUGAAUAUGCAGAAUAGGGAUCUGUGCAUCUAGAAAGUUUACCAUUUGUCUUCUGUGUAACUGCAAGGAACACUAAUGUUUAUACAACUUGUCAGUCCACCCAGUGACGCAGCUGGUUCUGACUCAGUCUUCCAAUUCCUUUGUUUUGGGGGUUUUUUUCGCUUUUUUCCUAUUUCUUGGUGUGUUUUUUUUUUUUAAUUUUUGUUUUUACGUGUGAUCUUUAUUUUGAUGAGGGGUUCGGGGUUGGGGAGGGAGUUGUACCAAGACUUGGGGUUAAGAGGAUUUUCGUCUUGGAUCCAACAGGCAGAAUAUGAUCUGUGUCCAAAAGUGAACUUGAGUCAGGAAUGAAACGUUUUUUUCAGCAUAAAUAAGCACAAAAUUUUUGUCUGCUGGCUGACUGGAAACAAAAAAAAAACAAAAAACAAAAACAAAAAAAUGUCAAGAUGGAAUAUGAUGAAUUCCAACAUGAUGGGGCACCAAGGCCGCGAGGCCUCACUUUUUAUUUUGCUUUGGUUUUGUUUGUUUUUUCUUUAGAGACAUGCUCUUUCUCAUGGGACUUGAAGUGGACUCAUCUUCGUGCAGUGCUGGUUUUGCCAUCCUCAUUUCAAGUAUUAUAGACAUAUGUAACGGUGAAAUAUAUAUGAACUGUGGCCUUUUUCAUUCUUGUUACUUGUGAUGCAAUUAAGUGAAGAUAAGAAAAAAAAAAAAAAGCAGAGAUUUACCAUGUAUCAGUGCCUGGCUUUUUGUUAUAAAGCUUUGUUUGUCUAGUGCUCUUUUUGCUAUAAAAUAGACUGUAGUACACCCUAGUAAGAAAAAAAAAACUAAAUUUAAAAAUAAAAAAUAUAUUUGGCUUAUUUUUCGUAGGAGCAAUCCUUUUAUACCAUGAAUAUUACAAAAAAAAUUGUCAGAUUCUGAAUAUUUCUUCUUUGUAGAUUUUUGGAAUCAUUAUGAGUAAAGUUUGUUACUUUAUUUUACUAUUUAAGAGAUGUUAUUUUACCAUGUGUUACUGAGAUGAAACUGUAUGGUAGCUUUUUUGUUUGUUUUUUGUUUUGGUUUCGUUUAUUUUAUUUUUAUUUUUUUUAGUUGUAGGUCGCAGCGGGGAAAUUUUUUGCGACUGUACACAUAGCUGCAGCAUUAAAAACUUAAAAAAAUUGUUAAAAAAAGAAAAAAAGGGAAAACACUUCAAAAAAAAAAGAUAAACAGUUACACCUUGUUUUCAAUGUGUGGCUGAGUGCCUCGAUUUUUUCAUGUUUUUGGUGUAUUUCUGAUUUGUAGACGUGUCCAAACAGGUUGUGUGCUGGAGUUUCUUCAAGACAAAAGCAAGCCCAGCCUGGUCCAGGCCAUUACCUGUCCCAUCUGUAGUUAUCGAUGAAGUCAUGUACAUGACCGUUCUGUAGCAAUAAAUGUGCCAUUUUUAUAAA